AUUCCACCCUGGCUUGCAGAUUAAACCAGCUGUCAAGCCAGGGUGAAGGAUCCGUGGCCAGGCAGAGGUCUGUAGAGUGGAGAGGCGAGGCCUCACGGUGGAACUCUCAGAUGACAGCAUGCAGGCACCAAGAGAGUGGACGCACAUACAGAAGACAGCCAUGCACUGAGCUGGGGACAUGCAACAAUAACAGGUGAGUUCCAACAAAUUGGUUCAAAAAGAGGGGGGAUAAACACGCUGGCCCAUGCUGGGCAAGCAUGGCACCACCUCCCAGGCACUGUCUUCUUCUGAUCAGCGCUCUGGGUGUCUUUGCACUUAACUGCUUCACCAAAGGUCAGAAGAACAGCACGCUCAUCUUCACAAGGGAAAACACCAUUCGGAACUGCAGCUGUUCUGCGGACAUCCGGGAUUGUGACUACAGUUUGGCCAACCUGAUGUGCAACUGUAAAACCGUACUGCCCCUUGCGGUAGAGCGAACCAGCUACAAUGGCCAUCUGACCAUCUGGUUCACGGACACAUCUGUGCUGGGCCACCUGCUGAACUUCACGCUGGUCCAAGAUCUGAAGCUUUCCCUGUGCAGCACCAACACUCUCCCCACUGAAUACCUGGCUAUUUGUGGUCUGAAGAGGCUGCGCAUCAACAUGGAGGCCAAGCAUCCCUUCCCAGAGCAGAGCUUACUCAUCCAUAGCGGUGGGGACAGUGACUCCAGAGAGAAGCCCAUGUGGUUACACAAAGGCUGGCAGCCAUGUAUGUAUAUCUCAUUCUUAGAUAUGGCUCUUUUCAACAGGGACUCAGCCUUACAAUCAUAUAGUAUUGAAAACGUUACCAGCAUUGCCAACAACUUUCCUGACUUUUCUUACUUUAGAAGCUUCCCAAUGCCAAGCAACAAAAGCUAUGUUGUCACAUUUAUUUACUAGCAUAAUAACUGUGUCCAGCUGCCUGGAACUUUGGCAAAUGAUGAAUAAUUUGCAGAAGGAAUCUGGAAAUAAGGCCGUGAGAUAGGUAUCCCUACCCACAACUGUGCCUCUCUCCGCAGGCUCCAUUUGCAACACAGCCACACAUACCAAUAACCAGCUCUCUGUUCUGCUCUGUGCCCAACUGCGAGAACACUUUUGAAAAACAAAAGAAAAAGAAACCAAAAAACCAACUUGAUUCCGUCCAGGGACAUGUCUUGGGAGCCAGCUAGGCUUGGUCUCUGCAACUAGAAGCCUGCAGGGAAAUGUCCCGUCAGAAAUGGAGAAAGCAAUACACCCUAGAGACUGCUUAGUGGAGCUCCUCCUAGAAGGUGACCCCCAAGAAACAUAUCUUCUUUCAAAAUACUGCCUUAAUUUUUUUGUUUCAUUUUGUGAAAUUGCUUGGAAUUCCCCUAAGUAGAGAAUAAUCAAUUUCAGAGGUUUGGGGACUAUGAGUUUUAUAAAAUGGUCGGGCACAGUGGCUCACACCUGUAAUCCCAGCACUUUGGGAGGCCGAGGCGGGCGGACCACCUGAGGUCGGGAGUUCAAGACCAGCCUGACCAACAUGGAGAAACCCCAUCUCUACUAAACAUACAAAAUUAGCCGGGCAUGGUGGCACAUGCCUGUAAUCCCAGCUACUCGGAGGCUGAGCAGGAGAAUCGCUUGAACCUGGGAGGCGGAGGUUGCAGUGAGCCAAAAUCGUGCCACUGCACUCUACACUCCAGCCUGGGUGACAGAGUCAGAGAUCACACCAUUGCACUCCAGCCUGGGCAACAAGAGCGAAACUCCAUCUCAAAAAAAAAAAAAAUAAUAAUAAUAAUAAAAUGAUUAGGUUCUCUUAAACUGAUCUUUUCUAAAUACCUUGCUAAGAAUAGAUGCACCGAGAAAUAAGAGGUUGGAGACUGUGUUUGUUGGGGUGGAGGUACUACAGGCAUGGAUAGGGUAAGACCUUAGGAUCAAAUCGGGGGACCAGUGUUCCAGAGAGAGGGAUGCAGCACUGAAAAUUGGAGGACACAAAACACAUUUGCAUCUAUCUCAAAAUUUUGCUUAGAGCACAGCCUAACUGCAAGGAAAGUUCUUCACUUCUAGCCUUUCACAUUCUUUUCCUUUUCUUGCUUUGCAUGGUCUGUCUUUGCCCCUGCUAUACCAUUUCACCAAUUUCUCUUCUCAUUUUCAUCUUCUUUCUCCUACUCCUUUUCCUCUUGCUCCAAAAAUCAGAACUUAGAUGAAUACCAUUCAAGCUAUGUUUAACUACAUUAGGGGCUAGCCUGGGAAUUUACUCACCACUUACAACAUUAUUUCUAUUGUUAAAAGUGCUCAAAUUAUUAACAGAUAAUUAACAAAAAAAAUCUAAGGCUCAAUCCAUUUGGAAGGUUAAGAUUGCAAAGUGAAGGCAUUUUAUAUGACACGGUUAACACAAAAUGAUUUUAUGUGUGCUGAUAAAAGGAACCAAAGCAACAUACUUUUGAAAAAAUUAAAUGGAUUCAUUAUUGUACAAAGAAAAUUUUCCCUCAUAGAGACGCAACUUGCCAUUAAAGUGGACUGUAAAGAAUCCAUGGCUUGGGAGGCCGAGGCAGGCGGAUCACCUGAGGUCGGGAGUUCGAGACCAGCCUGACCAACAUGGAGAAACCUUGUCUCUACUAAAAAUACAAAAUAAGCCAGGCAUGGUGGUGCAUGCCUGUAAUCCCAGCUACUCAGGAGGCUGAGGCAGGAGAGUCACUUGAACCUGGGAGGCGGAGGUUGCAGUGAGCCAAGAUUGCGCCACUGCACUCCAGCCUGGGCAACAAGAGCAAAACUCCAUCUCAAAAAAAAAAAAAAAGAAAAGAAAAAAGAAUCCACUGCAAUUGUGAUACAAAUGUUUAAACCUGGAGUGGAAUGAAUUUGAAACAUUAUUGCAUUCAUGAUACCAUAAUGAUAAGAAAUAGUCCAUGACUUAACAGGAUGUCCUGGGGUUGAUGACUUUAGAUCACAUACAUCACUUUUUUUUUUUUUCACUUAACCUUAACAUAGAGUAACUGAAAUAACCUGCAAUUUCUACAUUUGCUUAAUUGGUGGGGGAUUUAGCCAUUCAGGCUAAUUAGCAUGAGCCCAUGUCAGUGUUUAAAUUAGGCCAAAACAAAGAUCAAAGUAUGAAUUUUAAUAGAAAAAUGUGACCUCAUUACUGACAUUGUACUGCAGAUAAUGUUAAAGUGAAAGAAAAGAAUAAGGAAAAGGGGAAAAAGGAGGAAAAAGGAAAGCAAGAAAAGACAAGUGAAAAGAUUAGUAAUAUAUUCAUUGUCAUUAGUUACUGAAAAUAUAACAAAUUGAAUUUUAAUAAUUUUUAUUAAUAAAGUAUAAAAUUAAAUGAUGAUAGAAAGUAUAUGCCUCCUAUAAAUAUCUUCCAUUUGGUAGCUUUUAAUAGUUUCAAAGCCCUUUCACAUAUGUUUUAAGUAAGUCUUUUGAGAAAUACUUGUGAGUUAAUGGGACUUAAACCAACAGAAAAGGAAAGCUAAUUUAGUUAUAAAUCAAGCCUGAGGUUUCAGAUUUCUGGACUAAAAAUCUGGUUCAGUUUGUGCUGCUGUGGGAUGAAGAAUGGGCAGAGAAAAUCCACAGUGCAGGCAUGGGGAUAAAUGGCAUUUGGCACUUAGCUGCAGGGUUUGGGGGACAACAGGGAGUGGUGGGAUGGUGGUUAAGUAAGGGUGCCUGCCCCACCUGAAGCUCUACAGUGGCUCAGCUCCAACUGAGUGUUGUCAUGGGAAAAUCUGAUGGGGCCAGAUCUGAUCCUUCAGAGAAUGAGGAAUUCCAGGUUGUUAUGUGAAUUCUCACAAUUUGUAAAUGUCGGCUUGCCAUUCAGCUUUUUUGUUUGUUUGUUUUAAAUAAUAUCAUGUGGGUCAAACAAACUAUGUUAAUGGUACCCAUCUGGCCUGGGGCUAGUAGCUUAUUGCCUCUGGCCAGUGGUGUGCUAAUAAAAGUUUAACCACCAGCUCUCCAACAAAAAAGGGAGGUGGGCUGCUCUGCCUAUGCAGUAGCCAUGCUUUUAUUCCUUUACUUUGUUAAUAAACUUGCUUUCACUUUA